GCGGCCGCCGGGCAGGAGCGGGGCCGCCGGGCGGGCGAUGGGGCGCGCUCCUCCGCCCUCCCCGCUCCGUCCGUGCCGGCAGCUCGUCAAGGCGCCAUGUUGGGCUUUUCCUGCGGGGGGGAGCCUUCGGGGCGCCGCGGUGGCUCCGGGCUGGGCGGCCGGUGCUUCGCUCCCGUCCUGACGAGGCUGACCCGGGCAGGAUGGCGGGAAGUUCGGCGCGCCGAGAAACUUUCUGAGGGGAAGAGCUGUGUGGGGAGAGCGGCGCCGGUCGAGGCAGAAGCCCACCGGGACCCCCCCCCUUGGCCCUCUGCCUCCAUCGGAUACCGGAGGCCUCCGGGCGGCGAGCAGAAGCCGCCUUUCUCCCUCCGGAUUCCGGCCGCCGCGGUGCCCCGGGAGGCCUGGUCGGGGGUCCGGGGGCAGAAGGACAGGCGGCCGAGGCGGGUGGCCGGUUGGGGUCGCGAGGCGAGGGGUCUGCAGCGCGGGGGUUUGCGCAGAAUUCAUUUCGCGUCUUAAAUGGGCGCGAAGGAAUUAAAUUGCACGAGUAAAUUAACAGCGCUGGAUUCAAUUGUUGUUGUUCAUCCAGGCGACCAUAAACUGUGGAAACAGAAGCCUUUUUAUAUCCUUAAUUAGCCUGGCUUCCCAUCUGUAGCCUGCAAGACGGGAAUGCCUCGGUUUCAACUUUGUUCCUCCUUUGGCAGGGCUCCGUGCUGCAGUUUCAGUUAUUGGUUUGGUCCCCUGCCCCGUUUGCAGCUGCUUCUCUUUCUGCCCCCUUUGCGGCUCUUUCUCUGGUUUACCUUUCAGGGGGGGGGGAUUCCAGUUCUGCCCUCCCCACAAUGGCUCCUGUGUGAGCAUAUGGGAGAAAACUUCACCCAACCCAACUUCCUUUGCACUCUUGAAGUCUUUUUCUAAAAGUAGGAAUUCAGUCUGAAAUUCUAUCUAUUGAAGAACAGUGGGCUUGCUGGAGUGGGCCAGGCAAAGAGUCAGGCAGACAAUAACCUGGAAAUUUCUGCGGCCUUUCCUCCCCACUUCUUUCCCCUCAGGGCGAUUGCCAUGGGCACAGAGGUGAAUGGAGCUUGCACAACUGCCUUCUGUUACCUUUUAUGGAUAAAAUGAAAGUGUCCCAGAGAAGCAGCUAUGUGGAGAAACAAUUCUGGUUUCUAGGAGGAAGGCAGAGCGAUGUCCCGGCUCUCUCUGACACGGUCCCCAGUUUCUCCCAUUGCUGCUCAAGGAAUUCCUCUCCCUGCCCAGCUCACCAAAUCCAAUGCCCCGGUGCAUAUUGAUGUAGGAGGUCACAUGUACACCAGCAGCCUAGCAACUUUGACCAAAUACCCAGAUUCCAGAAUAAGCCGCCUCUUUAAUGGCACAGAGCCGAUUGUCUUGGACAGUUUAAAACAACACUAUUUCAUUGAUCGAGAUGGUGAAAUAUUCAGAUACAUCUUGAGUUUCUUAAGAACUUCAAAGCUGCUGCUCCCGGAGGAUUUUAAGGACUUCAGUCUUUUAUAUGAAGAAGCCAAGUAUUACCAGCUGCAGCCGAUGAUCAAAGAACUGGAGCGCUGGAAACAGGAGAAAGAGCAGCAGAAGCAUUUCCAGCCCUGCGACUGCCUAGUGGUGAGGGUGACUCCAGAUCUCGGUGAGCGCAUCGCCUUGAGUGGGGAGAAGGCGCUCAUUGAGGAGAUCUUUCCAGAGACGGGGGAUGUGAUGUGCAACUCGGUGAAUGCCGGCUGGAACCAGGACCCCACCCACGUCAUCCGCUUCCCCUUGAACGGCUACUGCCGGCUGAACUCGGUCCAGGUUCUUGAACGGUUGUUCCAGAAGGGAUUUAAUGUGGCAGCGUCCUGCGGUGGAGGUGUGGAUUCCUCCCAGUUCAGUGAAUAUGUGCUGUGUCGUGAAGACAGGAGGCCACAGCCCAAUACCACAAUCAGAAUAAAACAGGAACCCCUAGAUUAAGGACUGGCUCCCCUCCCUCCUUUCAGACAGUAGAUGUAUCCAAGAGUCCCUCGAGUGAAAACACUCAGGACUUACACGCCAGUAUUAUGCAGGAGCAGCCAGUCUGCUUCUGAAGCAACCCUGUUGCAUGGCCAGCCAUGACUCUCACGUGGAAACAAAGACAAUGACACAACAUAGAGUUGUUUGUAUUAUUACUCAAGUCAUCACUUGGAAGCCUGGCAUGUGGUGGGAUUGUGUGCUUUUGGCACCUGGAAAGUAGUGAUGCUUCUGUAAAGAACUGACUGGACUGAAUUUGGUGGAAAAGACCAAUCUGUGUAAUUAAAGUACAUUUCAUUGAAGGAAUAAGCCCACCCGCUUUCUGGAGGAUAGCCCUUCUGUCCUAUGAAUGUGUCGAGAUCUUGAUAGCUGCCAGGAGGAAGCUGGUGGUACGCUGAGUGUCUUCCCUGAACCCUGUACGAUCUCUGGACUGUCAGUCAUAUUUCCUAUCACCAUUUGUUAUUCAUGAUCUUUUUCUCAUUUUAUGGAUUCUUUGUAUUAUGGCUUAUUUUUCUGACCCCUACAGCUGUCUUAGAGGAGCCAGUUCAGACAGGGACCAAAGCUGUUAUGGUGCUGAACCUGAUUUCAUUCUUUCCAGUCCCAAUGUUUGCUGUCCUCCUUCCUCCAUACAUAUAUACAUCUCAGACAGCUGCAAAUUCUAACAAAUUGAGGUUCAAAUCAAGUCCUUUUGCAAAAUUGUGUACCUUUAAAUAGGUCCUGAGGUGAGCCCAAGUUAACUUAAUGCUGGUUUUUUAAUUGUCAUUAAGAAGCGGAACUGGAUAAAUUGUGUCUCAGUCAUCUUUCAUUCUUCAUUUGAAUUCAGUCCCACAUUGUCUUGACACAUGGAAAUGGAUGAUGCCAACACUGAUUGGAUGCUGUGUGCCAUCUUUUUAAAUGACACAAAAGUGUGAUGCAUUUCUUCUUUAAGCAACUACUUUAAAUACUUUGCUUCCAUUCUCAAAUCCUUUGGCAUCAGCAUUCUUUGAGAAAAUAAACUUGGCUUCCAAUCUCUGAGCAGUCAUGACAGUUCAGAUGAUCCAGGAAAAUCUGCCCAUUAAGCUGUGCCAUAAUUCGGUGUUGUAUGAAUUAUUCUCUAGAUUGUAUAUCUUGAUGAAUAAGUUGGUGCAUCCUUCCUGACCUUCAGAUGUGUUGGGGCUGCCAUUUCCCAAAAUCUAAUGGAUGUAACACAUAGGAAGAGAGAUGAUGGACACAAUGCAAUCGCUAGCAUUAUUUACUUCACCCGCUGAUUGACUGGUUUUCACAAAACUCAAGAAUCCAAGCCUGGGUCAAUGUGCAGAUGGUGGGCUGCAUUUAUAUGCCGUGCUAUGCUCAAACACAGAUGGCCUUUGGGACUUGGAAAGAUGGCUUGAGUCACCCAUCUUGCUAAGGUAAAGACUUGGCUUCCUAGAAUGCACUGAAUCACAAAUAUCUAUUCCUCAACAUGGUAUAGCAAGUUGUGUGCACCUUGCAUUUGUGCAAGGUGUUUGAGCCUUGUGAGUAAUCCCAGUAUGAGGCUCUGCUCAAAAGAUUUAAGAAACAAGGGAAGGGAAGCUUUCCAUCACUGAUGCUUCCUGAGCAGAGCAUUGACCGAGAAUCCAGACAUCCUGGCUAGUCUUUCUCAUGUAACUUUUUGUACUGACAGAAAACUUCCUGGAGAACGUCACUUGAGUUGACCUAUGAAAUGUAUCUGCAAGUUCACGGAUCGAGUUAAGUUUAUUUUUAUUACUUAUUCACAACCCAUUUCUCAUGAGCACAACUUCAAAAAUCUAGACUUGGAGAGAAAUCUCUGUGUCUGAGGAGUGUUCAGUCAUAAAUAGCGUAUUUCAUACUAAAAAUGUGUAUCAAUUCUCUAUCAGUUUAAUGUGGAAUCCUGGGGAUUAUAGUUCUGACAAGGUGCUAAUCUGGCCAAGAACCUUCCUUACUCCCCCCCCCUCAAAACAGCACUUCCCAAGAUCCUCCUCGGCAACAGGCUUGUACUUUGAUUAAGCCUGGAGGACAAACCAAACUGCCAAUUCAAAACAUUUAGGAGAAAAGGAAAUUUUCUUGAAUUUGUAAACCUUCUAAAAUGGGUUAAUAGCUCUAAUUGCUUAAAGUUCAAGGAAAAUAAUGUAUACCAAAAUUUGGCAGGGGCACAUGAAAUGAAACAGCACAGGACUAAAAACUCUCCCUUAGAUUUUGGUGCCCCUUGUGAAGAAUUUUGUAAAUCAAAUCUGGGAUCUUGGCAAGCUGCUACUCUGAACAGAAUUGCCCAUUUGUGAACUGGGCAGGACAGGUUUUUUUAUAUCAUUUCAUCAGCAAGAGUAAUAAAUCGAAUUGCUACAAAUAAAAACUUCCCGCCAAAUUUGUGGAUAGGAAGGAAUUUCACCAGAGUAAAGAGAGGUUCUCCGACAAUUUAAAGGACAAAUCUACAGUUAGUUGUGACUGGGGAGGAAGAGUGUCAAAAUUUACAAGCUGACAGUCACCUGUUGCAUGUUGCAAGAUUCUGUCCCUGCAGUUUUGCUACCUUCUGCAAAUGCUGCUGAUGGCCACUAAAAAAGGCCAGGAGUUCUUCGUGACCUCUUGGGCUAUAACGGAGACACAAGGAACCUGGAGACGGAGAUCUGGGAGAGGAUGGUGCCACCAAGAAAAACAGGACACGGACACACACACACACCUUAGCUACCUCAGAAGUAAACAAGUACAGAACCGUCACAACGCACCACUUUUUCACUAAAGUUCUUUUUCAAAGUACAGGUUUUUUUUAAAGUACGCUACUUUCAUCAAGUGAGAGCUGUUAAGCAAAAAAAUUAGAAUUUCUCCAUCUGCCCUCCCCAACAACCGGUUGAGGGUUAUCUAUGCAGAAAAGUUGCUGCAUUGUACAUUUUGUGCCAUCAAGUUAGUUUAAUAUCUUUUCUAAAUAAAAUGUUUAGGUCUUAAUGCCAUCCCUUUUGUAUGUAAGAUACCUAUUAAAUUGUAUUGUGCUGUAAAUGCUUAAUAUUGUACCUUCUCGGCAUUCCUCCUGCCCUUCAUAAAAUCGAUCGUGCAA